ACCCGACCGCGACGCGCCAUGUCGCCAGUUGCCACUUGACGGAGCACUCAGCUCUCACCAGUUGGAAAACAAAAGUGAAAACUCGAGUCGGUUCCACAUCUGCUUCUAACGACGGACUCGGGUUUAACAAAGUGCUAGUACCGAUGCUUUAAAGACUAUAAAACAGCGAGCACAAGCCACAGCCGCCAUGUCGUCGGUGAAGGUGGCGGUAAGGGUCCGCCCCUUCAACACGCGAGAGAUCUCCAGAGAAUGCAAAUGCAUUAUAGAAAUGUCCGGCAAUACCACAAUUAUACAAAAUCCAAAAGCACCACCCGGCGUCAAAGACAGCGCUAAGAGCUUCAAUUUCGAUUUUUCAUACUGGUCACACAACCCAAAUGAUCCGGAAUUCUCAUCCCAAAUCAUGGUCUACAAGGACAUUGGGGAGGAGAUGUUGCAACACGCUUUUGAUGGGUACAAUAUAUGCAUAUUCGCAUACGGACAGACGGGUGCCGGCAAAUCAUACACCAUGAUGGGCCGCGGCGAGGACGGACAAGAAGGAAUCAUACCACAAAUAUGCAAGGACCUGUUCCGACGUAUCAGACAAACCACUGCUGAUGACCUCAAAUACUCGGUGGAAGUAUCCUACAUGGAGAUUUACUGCGAACGUGUGCGUGACUUACUGAACCCAAAGAACAAAGGCAAUCUGCGUGUACGAGAGCACCCUGCUCUCGGACCCUACGUGGAGGAUCUCAGCAAACUUGCGGUGACCUCGUACCAGGAUAUAUACGACCUCAUUGAUGAAGGCAACAAGGCUAGGACGGUGGCAGCUACCAACAUGAACGAGACUUCGUCCCGUUCCCAUGCCGUUUUCACCAUAUUCUUCACACAACAACGUCACGACAAAACUACCGAUCUUAUGUCCGAAAAGGUGUCGAAAAUAUCCCUGGUGGACUUGGCUGGCUCUGAGCGAGCUGACUCCACGGGAGCUAAGGGAACGCGUCUGAAGGAGGGCGCUAACAUUAACAAGUCUCUCACAACGCUCGGAAAGGUCAUCUCGGCUUUGGCUGAAAUCGCAUCAAAGAAUAAGAAGUCCAAGAAAGCUGACUUCAUACCAUACCGCGAUUCAGUCUUGACGUGGUUGUUACGUGAGAAUUUGGGCGGGAACUCGAAAACGGCCAUGAUAGCUGCUAUUUCGCCGGCGGACAUUAAUUUCGACGAGACGCUCAGCACACUCAGAUAUGCAGAUCGCGCUAAACAGAUCGUAUGCAAGGCGAUCGUCAACGAAGACGCGAACGCUAAACUCAUCCGUGAGCUCAAGGAAGAGAUACUCAAGCUGCGCGAACUGCUUAAGGCUGAAGGGAUCGAGGUGGAAGAAGGACCAGAUGGUAGAGUCGUUUAUGAAAAGAAAGAACCGCCUACCACGGAGGCGACAUCGCCUAUACGUAAGAAGAGCGAGGCUGAAGUGCUGUCUCCGAAAUUGUCAAGAGCCGCCACUACCAUCGCGGAGGAGGCCGUCGACCAACUGCAGGCUUCUGAGAAACUUAUUGCUGAACUGAACGAGACUUGGGAGGAGAAGUUGAAGCGGACCGAACAGAUCCGUGUGCAACGCGAGGCCGUGUUCGCUGAAAUGGGCGUCGCCGUCAAAGAGGGCAUCACUGUAGGCGUGUACUCGCCCAAGAAAACACCGCAUUUGGUCAACUUGAAUGAGGAUCCUAAUUUGUCUGAAUGUCUCAUCUAUUACAUCAAGGACGGUAUAACCCGGCUGGGCACCUCUGAGGCAAAUGUGCCACAAGAUAUACAGCUGUCUGGAUCCCACAUACUCAGUGAGCAUUGCAUCUUCGAGAAUACCGACGGCGUCAUCUGCCUCAUCCCGCACCGUGGCGCCCUUGUUUAUAUCAACGGACGAGAGGUGUCGGAACCAAUAAUUCUCAAGACUGGCUCCCGUGUUAUAUUGGGCAAAAACCACGUAUUCCGUUUCACACACCCCGGCCAACGUCAUGAGGAAACUGUGUCCAACAAGGAGCUGGAUGAUGCUCCUGGCACCGGCGAGAUCGAAGCAAGCAACACAGAAAAUGUUGAUUGGGACUUCGCACAAUGCGAGCUGCUCGAAAAACAGGGUAUCGACCUAAAAGCUGAGAUGCAGAAACGUCUUCUCGCCCUCGAAGAACAAUUCCGCAGGGAGAAGGAGCACGCCGAUCAACAGUUUGAGGAGCAGCGGAAGAACUACGAGGCCCGUAUCGACGCGCUCCAGCGCCAGGUGGAGGAGCAGAGCGUUACCAUGUCCAUGUACAGCUCGUAUACACCUGAGGACUUCCAUAACGAUGAAGACAUAUUCGUGAAUCCUCUGUUUGAGACAGAGUGUUGGUCGGCUCGCGAGGUGGGGCUGGCCGCGUGGGCUUUCCGCAAGUGGAAGUAUCAUCAGUUCACAUCGCUCCGUGACGACCUCUGGGGGAACGCUAUAUUCCUGAAGGAAGCCAACGCGAUUUCCGUGGAGCUCCGCAAGAAGGUACAAUUCCAAUUCACGUUGCUGACCGACACGCCGUAUUCACCGCUGCCAGCCGAGCUGGCGCCCCGCGACGAUGCCGAUGACGAAUACCGACCCUGCCCACCCACUGUGGUCGCCGUAGAAGUAACCGACACUAAGAACGGAGCUACGCAUUAUUGGACCCUCGAGAAGCUACGCCACCGCCUGGAGCUAAUGCGUCAGAUUUACAACAUGAACGAGAGCGCGUACGCGGAGGAAGAGGAGCAGCCACCACUGGUGCUGGCGCCGCCGCCCGCCGUCGCGGCCGUGACCGCCUCCGCUUCCGCCUCCGCGUCCGCCGCCACCGCGGCUCAGUCCGAGAUACUGCAGUGUAUAUCCGCGUGCGCGCAGCAGACGCGCUUGUCGCUAGCCAAUCUGCUGCCGUCGAGGCAACGCCUGGAGCUCAUGCGUGAGAUGUACCACAACGAGGCCGAGCUGUCCCCGACUUCGCCCGACCACAACAUCGAGUCGGUGACCGGCGGCGACCCCUUUUAUGACAGAUUCCCAUGGUUCCGUAUGGUGGGACGGAGCUUCGUGUACCUGUCGAAUCUCCUGUACCCGGUUCCACUCAUUCACAAGGUGGCUAUAGUGAACGAGAAAGGAGACGUGAAAGGCUACCUCCGUGUGGCCGUGCAGGCAGUCAUCGACGCUGAGAAAAAUAACGCAGAAUUCGCUGCCGGUGUGAAACAGUCGGCGAAGAUAUCGUUCGAUGACGACGUGGCGCCAACGCGCUCACGAGUCAAGGCGCUCACCAAUGUUGAGAAAAACAACGCCAUCAAUCUAGAGGACCGUAUCGGCGACCAGCAGGACUCGAACAUCAAAAUUGAAGAUUUGGCGGUAGGUGAGUGCGAUGCGGACAGCGGGCGUGGCGAUAGCUCGCUGGCGUCCGAACUCAAGGAAGAGGAGCUGCCGGAACACCUGACGCCUGGCAAGGAGUUCACCUUCCGCGUCACAGUGCUGCAGGCGCAUAGCAUCUCCACAGAUUAUGCCGACGUUUUCUGCCAGUUUAACUUCCUGCAUCGCAACGAAGAUGCUUUUUCGACAGAGCCCGUCAAGAACACUGGCAAGAAUUCGCCCCUCGGUUUUUAUCACGUACAAAAUAUCACAGUUCCUGUGACGAAAUCGUUCGUCGAAUAUAUAAAAACACAACCGAUCGUUUUCGAAGUCUUCGGACAUUACCAGCAGCACCCGCUACACAAGGACGCGAAGCAGGACAGCGGCGUGGGCGGGCGCACUCCGCCGCGGCGGAUGCUGCCGCCGGCGAUCCCGAUCUCCGCGCCCGUGCGCAGCCCCAAGUGGGGCGCCGCCAGCGUGGCGCCGCCGUGCUGCUCCUCGCACCUGCACUCCAAGCACGACCUGCUCGUCUGGUUCGAGAUCUGCGAGCUCGCGCCCAGCGGCGACUACGUGCCCGCGGUGGUGGAGCAUAGCGAUGAGCUGCCGUGCCGGGGUCUGUUCUUGCUGCAUCAGGGCAUCCAACGCCGCAUCCGCAUCACAAUCCUGCACGAGCCGUCUUCAGACCUGCAGUGGAGCGACGUGCGCGAACUAGUCGUUGGUCGUAUCCGUAAUACACCCGAAGCGAAUGAGGAUGCGUCUGACGGCGACGAGGACGGUGCUCUCUCCCUCGGCCUGUUCCCCGGCGAGCGGCCAACACUUGACGACCGUGCCGUUUUCAGGUUCGAGGCGGCGUGGGACAGCAGCUUGCACGGCUCCCCACUACUCAACAGGGUGAGCGCGAAUGGAGAGGUCGUCUACAUAACACUCAGCGCAUAUCUGGAGGUGGAGAACUGCGGGCGGCCGGCCAUCGUGACCAAGGACCUGUCGGUGGUGGUGGUGGGGCGCGAGGCUCGCACGGGCCGCUCCCUGCGUCGCGCACUCUUCGGAGGACGACACGCGCGCGCAGACCACCUCACCGGCGUGUACGAGCUCAGUCUGCACCGCGCGCUCGAGCCCGGCGUACAGCGGCGACAGCGUCGUGUGCUGGACACGAGCGGCACAUACGUCCGUGGCGAGGAGAACUUGCACGGCUGGCGACCACGCGGCGACUCGCUUAUAUUCGACCACCAGUGGGAACUGGAGAAGAUGACCCGUUUAGAACAAGUGGGCCGUACGCGACACUUCCUCGCAUUGCGCGAGCGUUUGCGGCAUGGACACGAGAACACCGUCACACCCAACGACUUCACCAAGACAGAGAAGGAAGUAUGCAAUAUGGCUGCCAAGGCGGCGGCUGAGGGAGCACGCGAAGAAAACGAGCGUGAAUUAGCACCAGGCGAGAAGGACCUCGCUACCAAAUACAUCAAACUCAUGCAAGGACGGAUAGGGUCGUCUGGCAAAGAGGUAGAAACAGCAGUGUCGCCGGCAACGCCAGUCGACGAGGGCGUCUCAGCUGAUAUUUCCACACCUAGUCUACUCUCUUCCAUACAUAGUGCCAGCAGCUUCGAACUGUGCUCCCCGGAGCGCGCGCUGCUGGAGAAGUCGAUGGCGGCGUGGGGCGGCGGCGGCGGCGCGGGCGGCGCGGCCGGCGCGCUGUACGUGCCCGAGUGCGAGGAGGUGCGCGUGUCGGCCGCCGUCGCGCGCCGCGGCUACCUCAACGUGCUGCAGCACGGCACGCACGGCUGGAAGAAGCGCUGGCUGGUGGUCCGGCGGCCGUACGUGUUCAUCUACCGAGAUGAGCGCGACCCCAUCGAGCGCGCGGUCAUCAACCUCGCCAACGCGCACGUUGAGUACUCGGAGGACCAGGAGCAGAUGGUCCGCAUGCCUAACACCUUCAGUGUGGUGAGCAAGGAGCGCGGGUAUCUACUGCAGACCCUCGGUGAUAAGGAAGUACACGACUGGCUGUACGCCAUCAAUCCACUCCUCGCGGGACAGAUUAGGUCCCGGUCGGCGCGGCGCGGCGACAAGCAGCUGCCGGCGGCCGACAAAGCGCAGCCGCAGACCGCAUGAGACAACCUCACAAUGGAGUCUAUCCUUGUUUUUUAAGUGCGUCACCGACGGCCACCUCCAACAUAGGGCCAUAUCCGCCGCCCCUCCCCUGCACGGACAUUGAAAUGGCCGAUUAUAAUCACUUUAGGUUAUACUGUAGUGUGAGUACAACAUUACAAGGUACAAAUUUUAUACUAAACGCUAAAUUAUUAAUGAAAUAACAAUUUUAAUCACGUAUUAGUUAAUUGCGGUCGUUAAUGAGUUGAUAUUUUCAUUCUAUAGAAAUUAUACAAUAUAUUUAUGUAUUUUGCACAAAGUGCAAAACAAUAUAAAAAUUGUAGUUUUUCAUUUUCUAUUUUAAAAAUACAAGAGUGAUUUAUCUACAGUAUUAAGUGGAAAUGUCAAUUUGAUAAUGUGCUUUUAAUUUUGUUUCUACAAUAGUUUUGAUAACUGAUCUGAUUGUUUAAUAAGGUCGGUAGGUAUUGUUAAAGACUAUAUUAAAUUUACAAUUGUAAAAUUAAUAUAAACAAUAGUCUUCGCCAACAAUUCUUAUUACUAUAUAAAUCAGUAGUUGAAACUAUACAAAAAAAUUUUACAAACUUAUUUUGAAUUAUCUGAUCUCUGUACGACCUAAAGUGAAUAUUGAUCUGAUUGUAUAUAGUUGGGAUCUGUCUGUGCCUGGUUUGGUGGAGUGUUAUAAAUAUAUAUAUAUGUAUAUAUUUAAAGUCCUUUUGAGUGCUCAAUAUAAGCGCGAAAAAUCUUAAAUCCUUAUGCUCCAAAACAUGACAAUUUAUAUAAAUAUUUUUUCUUCCAUCUUUAGAAGAUAUUAUAUUUUUCACAAUGUAGGGACCACAAAAUGAAUUAUUAAAAAGUAACAAUUCAAUUAAUUUAGCAUAUCUUUAAUUUGUUAGCAAUUUUAAACAAAUGCAUAUAAUGCGAAUACGACUUAUACGUAAACUUUACAACUAUUUUAUAUUGGUACUAAUUUAACAUAUUUGGUGGUCCAUAGGUGGGACCAAACCGGUGCACCGAAUUUAUGGGAUUGGGGUAAACUAAUAACUAUAUUUACAAUGGAAUGAUUAACAAAUGAAACUAUAAAAUUAUAUACUUAAUUUUGUCUAUGGCCAUUUCAAUUUCUACUAGGGAGAAUGCGUGCGGUUUUUAAUAUCUUAUUUACUAUCUAUAAACGUACCUAUAUUAUAACACUAAGGUCUUUGGACCACGAUUUUUCCUAUCUAGAUAGAAAUUAUAUAUAAUGAAUUUGGUCUUGAUUGCUAUGCCUACCAUAUUGUACGGGAAUGACGUUCCUUGAAUGAUUAUAACAGGAUUCGAUUUGUUAAAUUGAGUGUUGUCAAAGUAGCAAUAUACGCCGCUUUGAUAGUCUUCCCCUUUGUUAAAUUAUCAUCAAAAUUAACCUAAAUGUUAAUAUAAAUGUUUUUCUCAAAUUUAAAGCAUCGUGGUGCAAUGACUAGGUGGGUGUUUAUGUCCUAAUUGUGCAAUAAUGUCUUUUAUGUGUUGCGCACAAAGUGUAAUAUGCAAUGCCGGCACACGGCAAUGUCUGAUAGACUCCAUUUGUAAGACCUAAAGAAAGUUGAUGUGAAAUGACAAAUUAAUGAAUCCAAUAUAGACCUUCUUCUAAUGUUGAAUACAAUAUUAAUGUAAUUUACCUUGUAUAUACGUAUGACCGAUUGGUAGAUUAAUUAUAUUUUGUGGCUCAAAAGGCCAACUGAAGAUGGCGAUAGUCCGUACUCGUAUGACGUCAUACGUAACUUAUUCAUUUCACAUUUUAGUAUUGAUUGUAAAUACAUAAUGAUAAUUAAUGACAUUGUAAUUAAAAAUAUAGACCCUCAUCUUACGAAUAAAAUAUUAGAACAAUAUUUUGUGUGCUACCAAUUGUAGUGGCCGUUAAUUUAUGCAGAUCUUUAAUUUAUGAUUCAUUUCUUAAAAUGAUAUACUAUAAAAUAUUUAUUACUUGUUUCAUUGGAUUGUAUAAAGUAGGUUAAUGUGGAUGUUACUAACUAAUAGAUAUGUUUAUUUCUCGUAUUUAUUUCGUUCGUUGUGAGGGCUCGUUCGAGCCGCAACGUUUACUGGCAACCAUUCCGGUCCUGUAGAUGAAUACAGCUACACAC